AAAAGCAGACAAAUGAAGACAUCAAGAAAAUUUAAGAAAAAAAUCAAAGUUUUUAUAGAGCGAUAAAAUGGGAUUCUGAUACAGAACUCUUUGCAAACCCGCACGCAAGUGCUCCAAGUAAAUCAAAAGGAAUUAAAAUGAUAGCCAUCAUGGCGUUUACAAGCGAAAAUGUCACGUCCUCGGACUCCAGCAUACAAAAUCAAGCCACCACACUUUUAAAAUCAUCUGAAAGUAUAUCAUCGCCAUCUUUGUCAUCAUCUGGAUACUCUUUAGAAUUGCAUCACAGUGAUCAAAACGCAAAUGAUGGAGUCUUUACAGCUACCGUAUUGGACGGAGGUCACAUCCUCCAGUCCGCAAUCUGCUUACCACAUCGACAAUGAGGAGUUUCAACUGUUCGAUAACUUUGCCAACGAUUUCCUUACCACUAACGAUGUUCAUGAUGACAUCACGACAGCAACAACUACCCCAACCACAUCAUCUUCGUCAUCGCCCGCUGCUGCUCAUGAACUAUUGUUGGAACUAGAUCAGGAAAUCCAAAAUGAGCCCGCGUGGUAUCACAACCCCAAACUGGAAUUUAUCUACGAACAACUGUCACCUGUUCCACAAAACGCCGAAACUGAGCAACUAUUAUCGGAAUUUGACGACAUUUGCAGUGCAGUUGGUGUUCAACUGACACCACCAACAACGCCUCCAAUGUCACCGAAAACGAGCAUUGCUUCAUCGUCGCCCGUGCAAGAACUUCCUGCGGAAUAUUUCAUGGGAGCACCAAUUGUCUACAUGGUAACCGAUGACAUGGUAACGCAGGAAAUUCCCUCAAGCGCUGUCUCCGUCAUCGAUGAGGCCAGCAACGAAUCCAUGGACAUCAUUGAGGAACUUGUGCGUGAACAUACGACAAAUCUUCCCAGCAACGAUGACAUUUACGCCGAAAUGAGUGAUAAUGUCUCGGUAUUUUCGUCGUCAAACACUUCCAGUUACGCGCCUUCACAAUGCAGCGACGACACCUCGAGUUGUGCUUCAUUCAUGUCGCCACGUAGCACGGACAGUUACGGCGACGACGAAUGGACACCCAGUGUUGACAAGAAACGUACUCUCAAGAGAGCUGCCGCCGCUUCAAGGACGAAGUCAACAGAACCGAAGCGCGAAAAACGUCCCUAUGGCAGACCGUUGCACGAAAAGAAGGCACGCAAAAAGGAGCAGAAUAAAAAUGCCGCCACACGUUAUCGCCAAAAGAAGAAGGAACAAUUGGCAGUUGUACUCAGCGAGGAAGAACAACUCUUGAAGAUCACGGAAAAGUUGCAGACCGAAUACGAUGAUCGUAAACGCGAGUUGCGCACGUUGAUGAACUUGCUAAAAGAUGUGGGAAUUUUGAAAUAGACAUUUUUAUUAUUCAUUCAUGUUUUUAUAUCUUAAUUAAUUUUAACCAACAAAACAAAUUAGCUGUUAAGAAAUGCAUUAUAAAUAACAAAAUAUAAUUAUUAUAAUAUAAAGUAGUUGGUCUGUAUUGAUGUCACAGUA